AUGGAGCGCAAUAUCGAUAUCUAUGCUAGCAAGCUGGGGGACGAGCAGCUUGAUAUCAAGAUUAGGGCCAAUGUCGCUGUCGAAUUACGGGAUAAUAUCGAGCCUUUAUGCUCUGGUGCGAGCUAUCCGAUAUUCCUCUCGAAGUUAUGGCCGGUUUUCAAGAACAUCUUGCGGGGUGAGCCCGUGUUCAUCACGAUGUCUGUUGAGCAGAAAUUCCGCAACUGCAUUCUCGAGACACUGCACCGAUUGCCCGUUGCUUCUCCCGAUGUGGAGCCCUACGCCGCGGAUAUGGUUGAUUUGUUGAUGGAUCUGGUCCGCAUUGAGAACGAAGAGAAUGCUGUUCUCUGUAUGAAGACCAUCAUGGAUGUGGAGCGCAACCAACCCAAGGCGACUGGUCAUCAAGUGCAACCUUUCCUAGAGCUCAUCCAGGAGAUGUUCCAGACCAUGGAGCAGGUUGUCCGCGAUACCUUUGAUACCCCCACCCAGUCCACGCCCGCUGGAAUGCCGUCCACCCCGAGCGCCAUAGCACAGACCUUCCAGUCCCCGCGACCCAGCUCCCCCGCCACGUCUGUAUCGGACUUGGGACCGGACCAGCAUGCCAGCAAUGUCCUGCUCAAGGGCAUGCAGUCGUUCAAGGUGUUGGCAGAAUGCCCGAUCAUCGUCGUGUCCAUCUUCCAAACGCACCGCAACUCUGUUUCUGCCAAUGUCAAGCUUUUCGUGCCUCUUAUUAAGAGUAUAUUGCUUCUCCAAGCCAAGCCACAGGAGAAAGCGCAUGCUGAAGCCGCCGCCCAGGGGAAGAUCUUUACGGGUGUGUGUCGGGAAAUCAAGAACCGUCCCGCGUUUGGGGAGUUCAUCACAGCGCAAGUGAAGACCAUGAGCUUUCUGGCCUACCUGUUGCGGGUGUAUGCGCAGCAGCUGCAGGAUUUCCUUCCUACGCUGCCUUCGGUCGUGGUUCGUCUUCUCCAAGACUGCCCCCGGGAGAAGUCCAGCGCCCGCAAGGAACUCCUCGUUGCCAUUCGUCAUAUUAUCAACUUUAACUACCGAAAGAUCUUCCUGGAGAAGAUCGACGAGCUUCUUGACGAGCGGACCUUAAUUGGCGACGGCCUCACAGUCUACGAAACGAUGAGGCCUCUAGCAUAUAGCAUGCUGGCGGAUCUCAUCCACCAUGUCCGAGACCACUUGACGCGCGACCAGAUCCGGCGGACGGUCGAGGUGUAUACGAAGAACCUACAUGAUGAUUUCCCCGGCACGAGCUUCCAAACAAUGAGCGCGAAGCUACUGUUGAACAUGGCCGAGAAGAUUUCCAGGCUGGACGAUAAGCGCGAGGCUCGCUACUUCUUGAUCAUGAUCCUGGAUGCCAUCGGUGACAAGUUUGCAUCUAUGAACCACCAAUUCAACAACGCUGUAAAGGUUUCAAAGAUGUACAAAGAGACGAAGAAGGAUAUCGAGCCUUGUCCGGAGAGAUAUCUGGCCGACAAGGACCAUCCCCCGGAUUGGGAUGAGAUUGAUAUUUUCUCCGCCUCACCCAUCAAGACAUCGAACCCUCGUGAUCGUGGCGGCGAUCCGGUAUCCGACAACAUCUUCUUGUUCAGGAACCUCAUCAAUGGCCUGAAGAACAUCUUCCACCAGCUCAAGAACUGCAACCCCGAUAAUAUCCAGAUCGACCCGAAUAGUGUCCCGAUCAACUGGGCGGAGGUUUCCUACGGCUACAACGCCGAGGAAGUGCGUGUCAUCAAGAAGCUAUUCCAUGAAGGUGCCCGCGUGUUCAAGUACUACGGCGUGGACCAAUCGCCGCCAGACGUGAAUUACUCUUCUCCUUUUGAUUUCCUUGCCAGCCAAUACACGGCUCCAAUGUCACGGGAGGAGAAAGAGCUUCUGGAAAGCUUUGGAACUGUCUUCCACUGCAUUGACACCGCGACCUUUUACGAGGUCUUCCAUUCGGAGAUCCCGUAUCUGCAUGAGCUCAUGUUCGAUCACGGGGCGUUGCUCCAUCUACCGCAGUUCUUCCUCGCCAGCGAAGCUACAUCCCCGGCAUUUUCUGGAAUGGUGCUCCAGUACCUGAUGGAACGUAUCCAUGAAGUCGGAACCGCGGACAUGACAAGGGCGAAGAUUUUGCUGAGGAUGUUCAAGCUGUCGUUCAUGGCCGUGACACUCUUCUCCGCACAGAAUGAACAAGUUCUGCAUCCUCAUGUCACCAAGAUCGUCACCAAGUGUAUUGAGCUUUCGGUGACCGCCGAGGAACCUAUGAAUUACUUCCUGCUUCUGCGCUCGCUCUUCCGCAGCAUUGGCGGCGGCCGCUUUGAGCUCCUGUACAAGGAGAUCUUGCCGCUGCUGGAGAUGCUCCUUGAGACAUUCAAUAACCUUCUUCUUGCUGCUCGGAAACCUCAAGAGCGGGAUCUCUACGUCGAGCUUACCCUUACUGUGCCUGCCCGCCUCAGCCAUCUGCUACCUCACCUGAGCUAUCUUAUGCGUCCAAUUGUCGUGGCGCUACGGGCAGAUUCAGACCUCGUCGGACAAGGUCUGAGAACUCUUGAGCUCUGUGUGGACAAUCUCACGGCCGACUAUCUCGACCCAAUUAUGGCGCCUAUAAUGGAUGAAUUAAUGACAGCGCUUUGGGAUCACUUGCGGCCCCACCCUUAUAAUCAUUUCCAUGCGCACACGACGAUGAGGAUCUUGGGUAAACUUGGCGGGCGCAACAGGAAAUUCCUCAAUCACCCUCCUGAGUUAUCCUUUGAGCAAUACACGGAUGAUGCUCCAAGCUUUGACAUGAAGCUUAUUGGUCCCAGUGAAAAGCGGCCUUUCCCUAUUGCAGUUGGCAUUGAUCUUGCUAUUGCCAAGUUGAUGGAGAAUCCCAGGACUGCUUCAACAAAGGCGCCCCAAGAUCCGGACAAGCCGUCCAACUUGUACUACAAACAGCAGGCCUUCCGCAUGGUUUCCUCGCAGCUGAAGCUCUACAUUGGCUAUGAAACCAUUCCUGAGGAUCUGGCUUCGCUCAUUCGUCUCGGCGCCAAUGAUUUGUUCGAGAACAAAACCACCGGCAUGCCCGACAUCAUGGAAAGGUCCGAGAGGUCCAGUUCGAUUCCGAAGAAGCUGGCGCAGGAAGGCUCCCUGAAGAAGCUCCUAAAGGCUUGCAUAUUUGCCACCACUGUCCCUGAACUCGAGCAGACCGCGACAGCUUUUGUGGCUGAUGUUUGCAAGCAUUUUGCUAUCGUUGAAGUUGGACGGGCCUUGGCUCAAGUCCGACACAGCCGAAAACCUUUCGAUGUGUCUAGCGGCGAGGGUCCUGUGUACCUCGACUCCCGACUGCUUGCUGAUGCGCUGGUCGAGUCGCUGUCUUCUGACUCCCCCUGCGUCCGUGAGAGUGGUCAAGCGGCCAUGCAGGUCAUGAAGGAUGCCGCUGUCGUCAUUUUCGGGUCGUCAGAUCGCGCGUCAAAGCUUCCCUUCUUCCAGCAUCUUGGUCGCAUUUUCUGCCACAGUUGCUAUAGCGAAGAGUGGUUCACCAAGGCAGGAGGUAGUCUCGGUAUCCAUCUGUUCGCGACCGACCUUGACCUCGGCGAUACCUGGAUCUUUGAGAAGCAGCUCGAGUUCGUUCGCGCGCUGAUGCACGUCAUCAAGGAUACCCCACCCGACCUUCCAGCCAGCACGAGGAUCAGGGCCCAAGAGACCCUGGAACUGAUCUUGAAGCGGUGCUGCAAGAACGCCUCCAAAGAUGACCUCAAGAAUGAGAAGGGUCGUCUCUACUCCCUUUGCGGCUCCUUCGUAUUUGAUCUAAGUCACAUGAACAAGUAUGUUAGGGAGGCCUCUCGCCUGAGCUUUUCGACUAUGGCAGAAGUCCUCGGAUGCCAAGUCCACGAGCUUAUCUUCCCUGUUAAAGAUCGUCUGCUGCAAUCCAUCUUCAACAAACCCCUUCGAGCUCUGCCGUUUGCCACGCAAAUCGGCUUCAUCGAUGCCAUUACAUUCUGCCUGAGUCUCCAUAAUAAUAUCUUGACCUUUAACGACCCCCUUAACCGCCUAAUGCUGGAGUCCCUGGCACUUGCCGAUGCGGACGAUGAGUCCCUUGCGCCAAAGCCGAAUGAGUUUAAGAACGCCGAGAUGAUCGUGAACUUGCGUGUUGCUUGUCUCCGCCUUCUGUCGAUGGCAAUGAGCUUCCAGGAGUUCGCCAACCCCGCGCAGAACAGCAGUCGUGCUCGGAUCAUAUCUGUCUUCUUCAAAUCUCUCUAUUCGCGAUCGCCGGAGGUGAUUGAAGCUGCCAAUGCUGGUCUACGGGAUGUCUUGACGCAGACGAACAAACUCCCGAAGGAUCUGCUGCAGAAUGGUCUACGUCCUAUCCUUAUGAACCUUCAAGAUCCGAAGCGGCUGAGCGUUGCAGGCCUUGAUGGUCUUGCCCGGCUUUUGACGCUUUUGACGAAUUAUUUCAAGGUUGAAAUUGGUGCGCGUCUUCUGGACCACAUGAAGGUUAUCGCGGAUGAUUCGAUUCUGCAAAAGGUGUCAUUCAGUCUAGUUGAGCAGAGCCCGCCCAUGAAGAUUGUUGCGGCCAUCUUCAACAUUUUCCAUCUUCUCCCGCCAGCUGCGACGUCUUUCAUGGAACAUCUUGUCAACAAAGUUUUGGAAUUGGAAGAAACACUUCGGAGAACGUCCCACAGUCCUUUCCGAAAGCCGCUUGUCAAGUAUCUGAACCGUUACCCGAAGGAAAGCCUGGCGUUCUUCCUGGCUCGCUUCAAAGAGGAGCGUUUCGGCCGCUUCUUUGGGCAGAUUCUGGACGACCCGGAAAGCGAAGGUCUCCGUGCGGCGGUUGUUGCAGACACGGAUGCAUUGACAUCAGCUGCUUUUGGACAGGACGUUGGUGAGGCCAAGAACACCGCAGCCAUCAAUGGGAUCUAUGUGGUUCACUCCAUAUGCUCACAUCAGCACACGAAACGCUGGCUGGUGUCGCAUGCCGACCUGAGAGCGAAACUUCUCACCUUCGGACGUGAUCUGGAGAGAAAACUGCGCAACGACAAGCUUCCCGCUAGCGAACGCUUGAGGGUCGAACAAGCAGAGGACAAGUUGAUGGAAAUCUUCACGACCUACCUAUCGGAGUCGGUACAGGAUCUCGAUUUCCUUUUCGAGGUCAUGGAUGGUCUUUCUGCAGAUGAACUGAAAAACACCCUUGCCUUCCCACGAUUUAUCUACAGCCAUAUCAUCACCAACGAGUCCAUCGACUACCGGCGUUCGGUGAUCAUGAGAUGCCUUGAUCUCUACGGCCAACGCUCGUGUUCGCAGAAGAUGAAGACAUUCGCCUUCCGGAACCUUGUCAAUCCCAUUUUCGCCAUGGAUGUGCAGGCAAAUUGGAACAGUCCCGCAAACAGCCCCAAGUUGAUGGACAAGAGCAUGACCGAGUUCAUCCAGAGCCGUCUGUGGAAGCCUCAGCUGUCGGAUCUGAGCGAGGAGUCUAGCCAGGCUGGUGUUGACCAUUCUCGGAUGGAGCUGCUUCAAUUGUCGGCCUUAUUGAUAAAGUACCACUCUCAAACAGUACAGGACUCGCGCAAAGACAUCAUCAAGUUUGCCUGGAACUACAUCCGUCUGGAGGACAUCAUUAAUAAAUACGGCGCCUACGUUCUCAUCAGCUACUUUAUCGCGCACUACGAGACUCCUUUCAAGAUCGUGGUUCAGGUCUAUGUUGCUCUUUUGAAAGCCCACCAAAAUGAAGGCAAAGCCCUUGUUACCCAGGCUUUGGAUGUGCUCGCCCCUGUUCUCCCUAAUAGGAUUGUGUCUUUGAACACCCAGGCACCGGAUGUACGAUAUCCAUUGUGGGCCAAGUGGCCGCGUCGCAUCCUGGCGGAGGAGACCGCCAACCUGCAGCAAGUCAUGAGCAUUUUCCAGUUCCUUGUGCGACAACCCGACCUGUUUUACGAGUCCCGCGAGCAUUUUGUGCCGCUCAUUGUGCCGUCUCUGAUCAAGAUUGCCUCUCCGCCCAAUUCGUCCAACGAUAGCAAGAAGCUUGCGCUGAACCUUAUCAACCUCAUCUGGCACUGGGAAGAGAAACGAGUGCUGCAGAGCCAGCCACCGGUAUCCAAUGGCGUGCUUGACUCGCCGAAUGCCAAGAAGCGCAAAAUUGACGAGCAAGGCACUGCCUCUGCCUCUCCCAUGGGAGCUACGACACCCCAUUCUGCUCGCGACCGGGGUGACUAUGUGGUUCCUGCUGACCUCCGGGCCGCAUUGACUAAAUAUCUCAUUACCUUCAUCACGACCAUCCAGGAGCGGUUCAUUGUUCCCGCGGCCCGAUAUAGAGAAAUGUCCUCGGGCAAGACUCAGCCGUUGGUACAAACAGGUGAUAUGAUCAAGAAGGCGGUUUAUCUACUCAGAAACCUCCUUUCUCCGGAGUACUGGGGUGAUCUUGAUAUCGAUCUGUAUCAGAAGGUCAUGGAGCCUAUCCUUGCUGGUGAGAAGGCGGAUAAGCCGGACGAUAAGCAUACCACGAGUAUGAUCAAUGCGCUGCAAGUUCUGCGAGUUUUGUUAGCAGACAAGCCGGAUGACUGGAUCGUGGCACGUGUGCCUGUUAUUCAGAAGCUUUUCGAGAAGCCGUUACGAUCUGAUAACCCGGAGAUCCAGGAUUCGCUGCAUGGACUAGAGGAAGAGAUGGAUAUUACUCCGAAGUUAAUUCCGCCAAUCAAGCGUGUUCUGAAUGCACUUCCGGACGAUCAACCGGAAGAUGAAGACGCAAUGGACAUUGAGCACUCUCCGUCGGAAUUUGUUGCUUACCUGUCCGCCAUUGCGACUGAGACUCUCUCUGCCAACAACUAUAUCUCGAGCUUGAACAUUCUCUGGUCACUAUCUAAGAGCAAGCCGGCUGAAAUGGAUGGUCACAUCCCUCAGGUCAUGAAGGCUUUCUCCCAGAAACUGGCGAAGGAGCAUGUGGCUGCGUCCACCCAGAAUGGGGGUCAAUUGACUCCCGGGGGCAGACCCGCAGAAGGUGUCCCCGACCAACAAGAGUUCGAGUUGGGUGUCGACCUAAUCUUCAAGACCAUCGAGUUGAUUUCUGUCCGCAUGUCUCACCUCGGCGAGCAACGACGUCCAUUCCUCAGUGUCCUUGCUCAGCUGGUGGAGCGUUCGCAGAACAUCAAGCUUUGCAGCAAGAUCUUGGGCAUGGUUGAAGAGUGGAUUUUCCAUUCUACCGAGUCCUGGCCCACUUUGAAAGAGAAGACGGCAGUCUUGCACAAGAUGCUGCUUUUCGAGACACGCACCGAUAAGACUAUGUUGAAGAAGUUCCUCAACCUGGUUAUCCGAAUCUACGAGGACUCGAAGAUUACGAGGACGGAGCUCACUGUACGACUGGAGCACGCGUUCUUGAUCGGUACAAGGGCACAGGAUGUCGAAAUGCGCAACCGCUUCAUGAAUAUUUUCGACCGGAGCUUGACCCGUCUCGCCAGCUCUCGGCUAAGCUAUGUGUUGACCUGUCAGAACUGGGACACUCUUGCAGACUCUUUUUGGCUGGCGCAGGCGUCGCAUCUGCUUCUGGGUAAUGCGGAGAAGGACUCGAGAAAGGCAGAUGUCAUGGUCGAUACGCAGCUGGAAACCUUCAUCACUGAUCGCAAGCGGUUCGUCGCGGACAUUGGUGAUGUUAAGGUUCGCGAUCUCAUGGAGCCACUGUGCCAGUUGCAGCAUACCGAUCCCAACGUCAGUUAUGCCUUGUGGACGAGUCUAUUCCCCAUGUUCUGGUCGAUUUUAUCCCGGGAAGAUCGUAUCGAUCUGGAGAAGGGGAUGGUCACACUUCUCACGCGCGAGUAUCAUCAACGACAGCUGGACAAGCGACCGAAUGUUAUCCAAGCUCUACUCGAAGGCGUUGUGCGCUCCAAGCCACGUUUCAAGGUCCCUCCGCAUGUCAUGAAGUAUCUCACCCGCACCUACGAUGCGUGGUACACGGCCGCCAUUUACUUGGAGGACUCCGCCAUCAGCCCAUUGAUCGACACGCCCACAGUCCGCGAGAGCAACCUUGACGCAUUAGUUGAGAUUUACGCAGGAUUACAAGAAGAAGAUUUCUUUUACGGCACUUGGCGGCGUCGGUGCAAGUUCGUUGAGACCAACGCCGCACUUUCCUAUGAACAGCAGGGAAUGUGGGACAAGGGACAACAGCUGUACGAAAAUGCCCAGAUAAAAGCUCGCUCUGGGGCGAUGCCGUUCUCGCAAGGCGAAUACUUCUUGUGGGAGGACCACUGGCUUAUCUGCGGGCAGAAGCUUCAGCAGUGGGAGAUUCUCAGCGAUUUCGCCAAGCAUGAAAACUUGAAUGAUCUACUUCUGGAGGCUGCGUGGAGGAACAUUGAGAAUUGGCAGAGUGAGGGCAACCGGGAGCAGCUCGAGUCUCUGAUCAAGUCCGUGUCCGAUGCGCCUACCCCCCGACGGACUUUCUUCCAGGCGUUCAUGGCCCUUCUUCAGUGCCAUAUGAAGAAGGAAAACAGCACCCAAGAAUUCAACGGCGUCUGCGAUGAGUCGAUUCAGUUGUCCAUUAGAAAGUGGCUGCAGCUGCCUAAGAGGAUCACGAAUGCGCACAUCCCCAUCUUGGAGCACUUCCAGCUUCUGGUGGAGCUUCAUGAUGCCAGCCACAUCUGCGUCAGUCUGUCGCAGACCAACGAACGCAAUCUGGAUACGAAAUCUGCUGAGCUGAAGCUGCUACUGGGCACGUGGCGAGAUCGUCUCCCCAACCUGUGGGACGACAUCAAUGCCUGGCAGGACCUUGUCACUUGGCGCCAGCACAUUUUCCAGCUUAUCAACGCGACCUAUCUGGGCUUGUUACCUCCCCAGACCAACAACGUGGCCAGCAAUUCCUAUGCCUACCGGGGUUACCAUGAGACGGCGUGGAUUAUCAACCGCUUUGCCCACGUCGCACGGAAGCACCAGAUGCCCGAAGUGUGCAUCAAUCAGCUGAGCCGCAUUUAUACGCUGCCGAAUAUCGAAAUUCAGGAAGCUUUCCUGAAGUUGCGGGAGCAGGCCAAGUGCCACUACCAGAAUCCCAAGGAACUCAAUAGCGGGCUGGACGUGAUCAACAACACGAACCUCAACUACUUCGGUGCCCAGCAGAAGGCGGAGUUCUACACGUUGAAGGGCAUGUUCCUUGCCAAGCUCAACCAUGUCAAUGAGGCGAACGAAGCGUUCGGUGUCGCGUUGUACUAUGACUUGAGGCUCGGCAAGGCCUGGUAUGAGUGGGGACAGUACAGCGAUCAGCGGUUCAAGGCUGACCCAAGUGACCUGGAACUCGCCAGCAAUGCCGUGAGCUGCUACCUGGAAGCUGCCCCGCUGUACAAGGGAGCAAAGACAAGGAAGCUGCUCAGUCGGAUCCUGUGGCUCCUUAGCUUGGACAACGAAGAAGGACAGAUUGCUGCUGCCUUUGAGAAGUUCAAGGGUGACACCCCGGUGUGGUAUUGGAUUACGUUCAUCCCACAAUUGUUGACGAGUUUGUCGCAUCGGGAGGCCCGCCUUUGCAAGGCCAUCUUGGUGAAGAUCGCCAAGUUAUACCCACAAGCGCUCUUCUUUUUACUCCGCACCAACAGGGAGGACAUGUUGAACAUCAAGAAACAGCAUGAUCAGAAGCAGGAGAAGCUGAACCGUGCUAGGCAACAGCAGCAGUUGGCGUCACCGCAUACCAAGUCUUCGCCCUCUGUCACGGAUGGGUCUCCUCAGCAGCCUGCUGCAGUCAAGAAUCCCAAUACUUCUACUCCCGUGCCGGGCCAGAGCGGUCUGGUCAACGGCCAGCAGAAUCCAACUCCGCAGCCUCAGGGGUUGCCACAGGGUCAGAGUCCACAGCUCAACAUGCCCGGACAGGCGCAGUCCUCUCCUGCCCAGGGUCAAUCCCAACCGCCGGGUUCUACGCCCAUCCAAGGCCAGACUCCCACCCUUGGCCAGGGGCAAAUUCCGCCACCUCAAGGUCAGCAACCAGGCAACCUCCAGGUACCCGGGCAGGUUCCCGUCCCCAAUGGCACCCCCCAGACACAGAAUGCUGGAGCCGAGCCGGAACGGGAGCCACUCAAGAAACCCUGGGAAUACUCGGACGAGAUCAUGUCUGGACUCAAAACAGCCUUCCCGCUGCUCGCGCUUUCAAUGGAGACUAUGGUCGAUCAAAUCCACAAGAACUUCAAGUGCCCACCGGACGAGGACGCCUACCGCCUUAUCGUCGCUCUGCUGAACGACGGUCUGGCGUAUGUUGGUCGCAUGCCAGGGUCGUAUGCACAGGACUUCAAGCUACCAGCUGCCACGGAGGCGAACAUCACGCGCUUCGCUGAGACCAUCCUCCCUGCGCACAUUCGCAAGUCCUUCGAAGCGGACUUCGUCGUCAAGAAACCCACCAUGCACGAGUACAUCCAGAAGCUGCGCCGCUGGCGUGACAAGUUCGAGGAGAAACUCGACCGCCGGCCCCAGACUCAGUUCCUUGAAACAUACUCUCCUCAUCUCACUGAGUUCCGAUUCCUGAAGUUCGAGGAGGUGGAGGUCCCCGGACAGUAUCUCCUGCACAAGGACAAGAACCAGGACUUUGUCCGUAUUGAUCGGUUCCUGCCUGAUAUCGAUCUGGUGCGUGGGAUCGGCGUGUGUCACCGUCGCUUGAAGAUCCGUGGCCACGAUGGUAGUGUGCAUCCGUUUGCCGUCCAACACCCGGCGGCUCGACACUGCCGACGCGAAGAGCGGAUUCUGCAGUUGUUCCGUAUCUUCAACGGUCUUCUGGCCAAGCGCAAGGAGAGCCGCCGUCGCAAUCUGUACUUCCAUCUACCUCUCAUGGUGCCGCUGGCUCCCCAUAUUCGCUUGGUGCGCGACGACCCGUCCUACAUUUCCAUGCAGGGUAUCUUUGAAGACUACUGCAGACGGGUUGGCAUGAACAAGGACGAGCCUGUGCUCUUCACUAUGGACAAGAUGCGGUCGUUGGCCGAGACGAAACACAAUCGGUCUCCGGAGCAGCAGCAGGUCCUCCGCACCGAAAUUCUCACUGCCAUCCAGGAGAAGUGGGUGCCGAGCACAGUUGUGCUGGACUACUUCCAGAAGACGUACCCCAACUUCUCGGACUUCUGGCUGUUCCGCCGGCAGUUUGCCUACCAGUAUGCCGCCAUCGCGUUUAUGACGUACGUGAUGCACAUGGGCAACCGGUAUCCGAACAAGAUCAUGGUGUCGCGAUCGACGGGCGAUAUCUGGGGCACCGAACUGAUCCCGGCCAUCAACCCGGCCAAGGCCUUCUUCUACAACCCCGAGCAGGUGCCCUUCCGCUUCACGCCCAACAUUCAGACGUUGAUGGGACCAAUCGCCACAGAGGGUCUCUUCGCGUGCGCCCUGAUGGCUAUCGCGCGGUGCCUCACCGAACCGCGCCAAGAGCUCGAGCAACAACUGAGCAUCUUCGUUCGGGACGAAAUGAUGUUCUGGGCGACGGCCCAACACCGCGGUACCCUUCCAGUGGCACAGCUGCGCGACCUGGUCUACAGCAACAGCGACGUCAUCGUCAACCGCGCCGUCAGCCUGGCUAGCCCCCCCGAGGGCAACCUGCCAGCCAACCAGACCACCAUCGAUCUCAUUUCCAAGGCCGUCAACCCGCAGUAUCUGGCCUCGUGCGAUGCCUUGUGGAUGCCGUAUCUGUGA